GAGGAAGGAUCCUGAACUUUGAGAAACAGCCUCUGUGUCAACUUCAGUGCUUAUGUUGAUGAGGAAGUGUCUUUGUGUCGUUGGCUCUAGCAGAACGGUGAAGAGAAAAACCCUCCCUUUAUUAUUGGUACAUUCUGACGGGAAGAAGGGGCCAGAAGAGGUGGACGGCCCUCAACAGUGUGCUGCCAACCAUCAUUUACACUAAAGAGACGCCACGUACAACCAGCUCGUUCGCAACGACGCAUCGCUACAGAUUUCUUACCCUGGACGAAACACAGCAGAAGACUGUAGCAAUAGAUGAAGCAAUCUAACAUUGACUAAGACAUUUGGAGUUCUUCCAGUAUGGCUCAUUGUAUGGGUUACAUCACCCUGCUUGUCUCUGUGUCUCCGCUUUACUUCUGUGUAGCAAAAGGGACUGAUGUGUUUGUGCGGACAGGAAAGGAUUUACUCCUGGAUCUCAAUAAAGACGAGGAAAACCACAGUUUAACUUGGUUUUAUGAUGACAUUAGGACCAUUAUAGGACCAUUGACAUUGACCAUUGUAAAACGUUUUUCUCAAACACAACCAAAAUUUUUUAAUGGUUAUGAAUCCAGAGCCAUUUUUUUUGCACAAAAUGACUCUCUGCUGUUAAAGAAUGUUCAGCUGAGUGACAGUGGAGUUUACACAGCACAUGUUACCAGUGACAGUGUCACUGAUGUAGCCAAAUACAAGCUCACAGUUCAGGAUCCAGUGUCUAGAGUAGAACUGAAAGUUAAAUUCUGCAGCUCAGACUCGUCUAACCUCACAGUGAUCUGCAGAACUCUGGACUCUAACAUCAGCAGCACGUUCACAUGUAGAAACCAAACCUGCUCUCAUGACGGAGGAGAGGGAACAACACCUGGUGCUUCUUUGGACGUCUACCUGGAGAAUGGCUCAGUCAUCUGUAACCAUAGCAACCACGUCAGCUCAGAAAAGGACGUCAUGAAGAUUGAAGAUCUUUGUGAAAAGACUCCUGAGUCCCAUGUAGCAGCAACUGUCACUACCGUCGUUAUCAUCCUCAUCAUCAUCAUGCUUUUGGUUGUUGGAGCAGUACUUUAUCGUUGUUGGAAAAGACAAUCUCAAACAGAUGAAAGGGGAAAUGAAGGUCCCGAAGAGCUCAGGGUUGUGGCUGGAGCAGAGCCGGAACAGAGAACUGAGAACGAUGCCUAAGCUGAUCCUCAUCCCUGUGAAGUACCUACUGAGAACAGAGUCGAUGCUCGGCUAAAAAGCCCGUACGCUACAGUGGAAAAACCUUGAGAGUUCUGAAACCGUUCUGCACAUAAUACUCGACACACCACACUUCUAGCAGGUAGAAAGAAAGCUUUUUAGCUGCAUUUACUUGAGCCAUUUGGGGCACAUUGUUUACAGUCUGACAAGAUACUUGUGUACCCAGAAUAAAACCGACAGCGCACUCAUUGAUUGAUGAUUGAAUCUAUGUGUGACCUGAUUUUUGAUUUAGACCAUUAGAAAGUUGUUCAUAUCUUUCCUGACUUGGUUUUAUUUGAGCAGAGCAAAUAUCAUAGCCCAUGACAUUACAUGUCUUGAUGGUAAAUUAUUCCGCCCCCCUAAUACAACGAUAUAAAACACGGAGCAGUUCAUAUCAGUACAGUCUGUUGUUAGCUGAUGUCACUGCCUUCACUGAUCGGCUACAGUGGCCUGCGGAUUACUAAAACUAUCAUAACAGAGAGAUUUAUGCCAGAAAACAGUAAAUUUAUUCAACUUCAACUUUAGUCUCUCUGCUCUGGCACAGAGUCAGGCAGCUGCUCCCUGACCAGAUGCUUUUUGUAAAAUUUAAGAGGAUCGUAUUUCUCGUUAGUAAGUGUGGCUUCAGCUCAUUUAACUGACCCGCCCAAACCAUCCCAUAGGAGAUUUUACUGUCUCAUUUUUUUCAUGAUUUUGGAGCUUAAUUGAGACGUUUUAUUUGACUGAAAUUUGGUGGUUCAUAACAGUGGCCUGUCAAAACCAAAACUAAAAUAAAAGUCUUUUUAGUCACGUUACAGUGACUUUAAAUGUAGCAGUAUGACCUAAUAAGGGAGAAAAAAACUGUGAAAAGGGGCACUGCCAGUCUGGUCUACAUAGUGAUGUACUUUAGCAUGUUUACAGUGGCAAAGCAGCCUUUGGCAAUAUAUAAUGAAUGAGGGAAACUAUUCAAUAGCGUUAGGUUGUCUGCAGGAUGAAGGCUGCACUUGUGUCAGUAAAUGUCUCUGAAUAUUUAAGGCUGUGACACAUAAAAUAGGACAGUUUUUUAUGUUAUGUAUUUUUACUUUCAGUGUUGCGCUGUAGCUAAUUUUUGUUUUUGCUGUUUUAUUAUCUUGAUGCUUCUAUUGGGGAAAUGUUUACUUCAUGAAACAACUGUUAUUUUAUACUGACAUGGAGAAGCAGCUAUUCUUUAGAAGAGAAAUCACAGCUUCAUCUGUGGUGUGUUGAUACUAGUAACACUUGAAUAAGACAGUUUCUAGAAGACUUGCUGUAAAUUAUUAAA